AUGGCAGAGCGAUGGCGCCCCGAGCUGCAUACCUUCCACUUUCCCGAGGGUGAAAUGACGAUCACCCUCAAAGAUGUUGCCAUCCUCACCGGGCUCCCGAUCCCGGAGAUGCCAUCAUCGACAGCUCGAAAAAACCGGAAGAUGGCAUGGGAGCAUCUUCCGUUUUUAGCACCUCGAGACCCUCGGGAAUUCUGGUUGCCAGAUGAUGAGCUACGAUUUGUAGCAAAUCCCCCAUAUGGUUUCAAGUGGAUCAAAGCAAAUACAAACGACCACCAGCCCGAACACUCUUUGCUGUUUUAUCGUGCUGAAUUCGAUAAGCCUUGGUGGAACCAGGCGGUAUGGGAUCCAUAUCCAAAUGAAGUGGUUGAGUUGCAUCGUCUUAGACAUCCCGAGGAUGAAGAGACAUGGUUGUGCAAGCGGGCUCGUGAAGAAGGAGGAGGUAGAGAAGGCGGAAGAAGGGGUCGAGGAGGUCGUGGAGGAAGAGGAAGAGAAGGGGAAGUGGAGGAAGAGGGAAAUGAAGAGAACCAGUGA